UCAACAGCAACUAACAAAUAUUCAAUAUGCAGAGUUAUUAAAAAUCCAGGAACAAUGUUUUUUUCAUGGACGAGCUGGUAUGACAGAAGAAGAAGGUAUUAUUUUGGUUUUUGUAAUACCUCAAGUUAGAAACAUUUUUGGGACAAGCCAACAUUUUUAUAUUGAUGGCACAUUUGAUGCUGCACCAAGCUUUGGUGAACAAUGUCAGCAACUAUUUGUCAUUAUGGGUAUUAGUUAUGAUGUUGGGUUUCCAUUGGUUUACGCUCAAAUGUCCAGAAAAACAGAGCAGACAUACAAUGCUCUUUUUAUGUAUAUUAAAACAAUUGAGCUCACUUGGCAACCACAAACAAUUAUAAUGGAUUUUGAGCGUGCAUCCGUCAAUGCCAUCAGGUUGCAAUUUCCGAGGACCAGAAUUGUCGGUCGCUGGUUCCAUUCCUCCCAAUGUUUGUGGCGAAAAAUCUAG